AAAAAUUGUUAGGCUACCAUAAAGUAAUGUAUGUGGGCUACUCUUGGGUGAACCAUUAAAUAGGUGAAGCACUCCCUCUAGUGGCCAAUUCUGAAACUGCAAAUCUGAGAUCAGUGAGAAAGUUAAUGAUUUAAUUACAUAAUAGGGCUACUACACAAAAUCACAAACAGACUACUGGGCAUAGUUUUUAAAUGCAGCUGCUUAAGUAACAACAAAUAAUGUAUCGGACCAAUCAAAACUAGUGUAACUGUUUUUCGCAUUUUGCCUGUUUUGGCGUGUCUGAGCUGCCGUAGUAAUGACAAACAUUGACAAACAGCUGUUCUUCUGUGUUAUAUACUACACGCACGUGGAGGACGUCGCUCUAGAAAACCGCCUACGUGAGUUUUGAAGAACGAGGACUCUAGCGCGAUGGACUCUGUGCUAAAAAUACAUUCGGACGCAACAAAAGAACAAAUUCGUCAAAGGGUUUGGCGCUACAUCGAAGAAAACAAUCUGGCAAAUUUUCCAAGACCUGUUUACAACAGAAUACCAAAUUUCAAGGCUGCAGCUGAGGCCUGCAAUAAGCUUACGGUCCUGCAGGAGUUCAAAUCCAGCCAAACAGUCAAAGUUAAUCCAGACAGACCUCAAGAGCAGGCGCGGUUCCUUACUCUGGAAGCACAGAAAACAUUAUUGGUCCCUACUCCUCGCUUACGUACAGGCCUUUUCAACAAGAUCACUCCACCUCCAGAUGCCACCAAAAAUCACCUUCGUAUAUGCUCUAGUUCACAGGGUGUGAAGGAUUUCAGUGUACCUGUGGGUCUUGAUGCUAAAAUGAAGGUAGAUCUUGUGGUUGUUGGCUCUGUUGCAGUGUCUGAAAAAGGUUUUCGUAUUGGGAAAGGAGAGGGAUAUGCUGACAUGGAGUACGGCAUGAUGGCCUCAAUGGGAGCAGUUAAUGAGUCUACUGUGGUGGUAACUGUUGUACAUGACUGCCAGGUGGUGGAAAUUCCAGAGAGACUCAUCGAGAGUCAUGACCUGACAGUGGACUACAUCCUCACACCCACCAGGGUUAUAAAAACUGACUGUCAGCUCCCCAAACCACAAGGCAUCAUCUGGUCUAAGCUGGACAUGGAGAAGUUGGAGAAGAUACCAAUCCUAAAGAAGCUUCGCGCUCUUGAGGAGCAGUCAGGGAAGGUUGUCACUCUGGGGGAGGUGCCAGCUAAAGCUGAGUCCAGUCAGGCCAAAAAGCCAACCACAUGGGCGCCGAGACAGAACUCACAUAAAGAUGUGGAGGAGGAACCCAAACAAGCUCCCAAACAUGAGCAGGGAGCAGUGCCUCAGCAGAGGAGCAGGCAGAGAAAAGUGAGAGUGACAAAAGCAAACAAAGAAGAUGGUGCAGGAGUGAGUGAAGGAGAAACCCGUAAAGCAAAAGCUGUUGAUACACAGAGAGAAAAGGGUUCGGAAGAGCCCAGUGGUACCCAGUCAUUUCGACCUAAGUUCCCAGACACAGUGACCAGCCUGUAUCUCGGGGGUAUCCCACCCGAGCUGCGUGUGAGUGAGCUGAAGACUAUGCUGCGAGAAAAGGAGGCUGUCCCACUGAGGCUCACCUGGCAGGGAGCUCAGCACAGGGCCUUCCUAGACUACACUGACCCCCAGGCAGCAGGGCAGGCCCUCACGGCCCUGCAGGACCUCACUGUGAACGGGUGCGAGCUGCAGGUGGAGCUGGCCAAGAGCCAGAGAAAAACCAGGAGAGGGCCACGCCACUCCAAACCAACCCAACCGGAGACUAAAACUACCAACCCAGAAAAACAAUGCUUUAAUAAAGACAAUGAAAAGUAGAACCCCCCCAAGGUCUCCAUAAUUUUAUGUUAAACAAGCCAUAAUAAGAAGACUUUGCAGGUUUGACUUAAUAUUUCAUUCAUCAAAUUAAAGAACUCUUUUUGUAUGCAUACCAUAAUAUAUGAGAUGGGUUUCUUCAAGGUGUUAAACAAUAUAUUAGUUAUUAAGUAUAAUAUUGUCUGUUAGCAGGAGGGCAAGUUAUUCAAAACUUUCAUUUCAGUAAAACAAGUUAAAUCAUAAUUUCGGACUGUGGAAAAAAUGCACUCUUAACACAAUAUAUAGUACUGCUAAUUUUAUGUCUUGAUCAAGGUCAAACAUAUGCUUUUGAAUGUUCACUUUUGUAUCCCAUUUUUGUUUUGUUAACAAAAACUAAAUGGAGAAAAAAAAAAACUGAAUAACAUUACUCUGAUUGUCUCUCUUACCUGCUAGAAUUGUUGCUUUAAAGCGCUGACAUUUCUCUGGAGUCUUUGCAGUGGAGAACAAGCGUGCAGCGUGUCUGUCUGCAUGUAGCAGGCCAGGCCUGGGUCUGGAUCUGUCAGUGUGGGCCAUGUUGGGGAACAGCUGUGGAGCGUCCCAUGCCUCUGCCACUCUCAAACUCACUAAUGUCCGGGGCUUGUUCUGAUCAAACUGCCAUUCUGGCUCAGUGGCAUUUUACUAGAGUUCAUGCCGUGGUCAUGUCAUUGGAGAGUAAUGCUGUACACACUAGACACCACGGACCCAUGGAUUCAUAUAAGCUACAAUCACAAAAUCAAUACACACAUACACGAGGUCGUAGUUUAGUAUAGCAUACAUGAACCUACAAAGGUUCAUGUGCUAUGAAUUAGCUGAUUACAAAUUUCAGUCACACAAAAACUAUUUUUAAUAUUGAGGCACAUUAACAUCAUCAUUCAUUAGAGCAUAUCCUAGGCAAUACAAAAUGUAUAUCUAUUUUUUUUUAUUUUAAAAAAGUUAUUUGACAUAUUUUUUUUCAUCUGCUUUUAGUUGUUUGUGCUAUUACACUACGUGGUUUUU